GACACUGAAUGCUGUAUAUUAAGACCUUGUUUACAACCUAGCAAGGAAACAUGAAAUUCUUCAUUUUCUUCUUUGUGAUCAUCGCCGUUGUUUUGGCCCAUAAUGAAUACAACAGUGAUGGAAGUGGCUUGCAUAGUGUCAAAGAGGGUGAACAUGGCCUGAGAAAUGGUCACGGAGGAUUCAGCCAGUCCGGUCAUGGUCAUGGACAUGGACAGGACUACAAUCAAGGAGAUCAUGUUGGACAUGGUCAGCAAGCAUGUGGCCAGCAUGGUCGCCAUGGCUUUUAGACGUUUUUAAACUAUUUGUUCCCGUUAAUUCUCAACUAAGUAUAAAAUUCAUUUUU